GAGUUAAGUAACUAAACCGGGUUGGUUAAAUGCUUCGACGGCUACCAUCAGGAGGAAGACAGUAACCUGGUGGUUGGGAGGCUGAGAUUCGAUGGCGACGAGGCUGAAAUCGAUGACGACUUUGCCAAAACUAAUUCAAACCAUGAGAAACGAAGCUCCUAAGCAUUCCAAUCCAGUUUUGCCAUCGUUAAGACGAGCUUUCUCCCUCUACGACCAGAUCAAUCUCAUUGACAAUGUCCCCGAAGACCAGCUCCGCUUCCAAGAGUUUAAUGAGACGAGUUUCACGGUGAAUGGAGUCAAAUACGAAGGUAGCUUGCUCUGUGUCGGGAACUUGCUUAUGUCUUGGAGCCCUCGUCAAUUCUCCGACAUCACCCCUGAUAGUUUGUCUAUCUUCAAGACGAUUCGACCCAUUCCAGAGCUCUUAAUUGUUGGUUGUGGAAGAAACAUUCACCCUGUAACUCCCGAGCUCCGUCAGUUUGUCAAGUCUAUUGGCAUGAAGCUAGAAACCGUUGAUUCUAGAAACGCUGCAUCAACUUACAACAUUCUGAAUGAAGAAGGAAGGGUCGUUGCUGCUGCAUUGCUUCCUUAUGGAGUUACAUCUUAAGGAAUUAAAAAAAAGGCUAGCAGCUCUGAGUUCGGUCCUGUAGAUCUAUAGAUGAAUGUUGAGACUUCCUAUUGUGAAAAUAAACCGAAAUCAAACGGCUUUUUUUUUCUUGCUUCUCGAGCUUAAUAACAUUGUAACAAACACACAUGACCGGUUCUGAGAUUUAUGGAAAUUUGAAAUAGUUACAGUUUGUAACAAACA